GCGAAAAAAGCGUAGCGGUCCGACCGCGGCAACCACGGGCCGCUGAGACGCAUUGGUCGCUGCAGAGGAGCCCACUGCUCUGCUUGAGCGCACGGUGUGUCAAACCGGCAGUCCCGAGGCGCCACCGAGCUACAGAGAGCAGAGGCCCUGACAACUCAUCGAAGCCGCGGGACGCCGCGCCACAAGGAAAACAUGGACGCGACGACGCAGCAGCCGACGGACUCGUCGCCGCCGCCGCCCCCACCUCCGAAAAAGUCCUCGCACCCUUCAUUGUCCGACCUAGCUUCAUCAAUAGCGUCGAAGCUGUCGCUUUCCUCCUCGAAGCCGCCGCCGCCGCCGCCGCCGCGGCCCCCACGAAGCCCGCCCAUGAAGCGGCCGCCCGAAUCGCCUGUAGCUAGACUCCUGGCAAAGUCCCACAUCCUCGACGACGCACUCGCGGCGGCCCUAUCGAACAAGCUCCCGGACACGCUGAAAGGCUACAACCUCAAACUACUGUACAGUCUCCAGCAGCACGGCGCGGACCCCGGGACCUUCUACGCCCGAUGUCAAUUCGACCACCGGACACUCAUAGCGAUACAAACGACGCGAGGCGAAGUGUUUGGCGGCUACAUGACCAUGCCCUGGCGGCCGUCGGAAGAGUAUUACGGGACUGGGCAGUCAUUCUUGUGGCGAAAAACGAACAAAUGCGACAUCAAGAGGCCUGGAUCUCUCUUGAGAGGCUUCUCGUCGUCCCCGCGCCAGAAACGUAUCACGAAUGUGGAAGUGUACGGCUGGACGGGCAAUAAUUCCUACUUCGCGCUCUGCUCCGAUAGAAGUGUCGCGAUGGGCGGCGGCGGGUCGUUCGGGUUUCUGGUGGAGGAGGAUUUUUCAAGAGGCACGUCGGGCACGUCGGAAACAUACAACAACCCGCAACUCUCGUCAGCACCGGAUUUCGAGGUCGUGAACUUCGAGUGCUGGGGGUUUACGACGUGUGCGACCGUCGAGGAGUUGUCGCGGGAGUCGCCUCUGCGCGCUCGGCCCGUCGUCAAGGCCCAGGCGCAGCUGCGGCGGUGACGGCGUCGACCUCCGCGCCGUCGACGCGACGUCUGUUGUCGCCGCGCACGACCACGGACGCGCCGCCGGUGCCGCGACACGUGCCGCGUCGAUGGCGUGGGGCGCGAAAUGUUAACUAGUCUUGUUGUUACGAAAAAAACG